UUCGAGUAGAUAUGCCAGGAUCAGGCAGUGCUUUCAUCCCUACAAUCAACGCCAUCACAACUAGCCAAGACCUGCAGUGGAUGGUCCAGCCCACUGUCAUCACCUCCAUGUCAAGCCCUUACUCUCGCUCACACCCCUACAGCCACCCCCUGCCCCCACUGUCAUCAGUGGCUGGGCACACGGCCCUUCAGCGACCUGGUGUGAUCAAAACCAUUGGAACCACAGUGGGCCGGAGACGAAGAGACGAGCAGCUGUCACCCGAGGAAGAAGAGAAGCGAAGGAUCCGGAGAGAGAGGAACAAGCUGGCAGCUGCUAAGUGUCGUAACAGGCGUCGAGAGCUAACAGAAAAACUCCAGGCGGAAACUGAAGUGCUGGAGGAGGAGAAGUCAGUGCUGCAAAAGGAGAUCGCUGAGCUCCAGAAGGAGAAGGAGAAGCUGGAGUUUAUGCUGGUGGCUCACAGCCCUGUAUGCAAAAUCAGCCCUGAGGAACGUCGGAGCCCACCAUCCAGCAGCCUCCAGAGCAUUCGGACUGGAGCAAGCGGAGCAGUGGUGGUCAAGCAGGAGCCUGUGGAGGAAGAGAUCCCAUCUUCCUCUUUGGUCCUUGACAAAGCCCAGAGGUCUGUCAUUAAGCCUAUCAGCAUUGCUGGAGGUUUUUAUGGGGAGGAGGCACUCAACACUCCCAUCGUGGUGACCUCAACACCAGCCAUCACUCCUGGCUCCUCCAACUUGGUGUUCACCUACCCCAACGUGUUGGAUCAGGAGUCUCCUCUAUCACCGUCCGAGUCCUGCUCCAAAGCUCACCGGAGGAGCAGCAGCAGCGGUGACCAGUCAUCGGAUUCCUUGAACUCUCCCACCUUGCUGGCAUUGUAAUCCCCCUGCAGCCCUCCAUUUUGCCAGUGUGUUACACCCCCCACCUCCAGCACCAUGGGGGGACCCCCCUCCAUGGGAUUAGAGACAGGCACAGGAUCGUUCAAGCACAAGGGCAGCAAGAACAAGGAUGGGGAAGUGCUGCAGCUCCAGGAAGGAGAGUGAGGACCAACGCCAGCUCCCUGGAGGCAUGAAACGGCAAGAGUGGGACUGGUGCACCAGGACUGUUCGGAGAGGGUGAUGUUCCCUCUGUAGAGACUGCCUAUGGAAACCUCUUCAUGGCUGUAGUGGACUUGGGGAGCACUCCUGGCCAGGAAUGAAGGCGAGCUGCAGACAGUUGCUAGUUGUCCCUUUCCUUUGUGAAUUGAUCUGAUCAGUUGUGCUCUGUGCUUAGAUCAUUCUGGUUAGUUGACCUUACAACUUCUCUUUUCCCUCUCUCUCUUUCUGUGCUUAUCAUUUCCAAUGUUGUCGAUCCCAUGACAUUUCAUCCAGUUGCUCUGAACUGUAAAGGCUUGUUAGGAUAUUUCCUCUUGGGACAGACUGUGGGAAACAUGCAGGGUGGCCCAGGCAGGAGGGGGAUGGCUGGGAGGUCCAGGAGAGGGGGGACCAAGAGGAGCCCAAGGACUUGGCAGCACAGGCAGAACUCUUAACUCUGACCUGGGGCACAGAGACAGCGAACAGAGGCAGCAGGAGGCUCAUGUGGAAGCCUUUCUUUUUUAAAAUGUAGAUACAUUUAUCCCCUUGGGCUCCUCAAAAAACAAGUUAGCAUCUCAGGGCCAAAGUGGCAUCAGAAAAGCUGCUGGGCUGGCACUUACCAGUGUCUUUGGCAGGGUUUUACCCCAGUUUGGUGGAUAUCAAAUCUGCUGCUUGUUUACUUUUCCUGGAUUGCCCGCUGUGUAGGGAGUGUUACGUCUUCCUCCCCAUUGGGGCUCCUGACUCAGAGGCUGAUCUCUUCCUGUUAGUUAAUCCUCCCCUCCCCUUGGCCAUAUUUGCAGAACUUGUUACCGAAAAAGAGGUGGCACCACGUGCCUGUAAAUCUAGGAUGGAGACUGGCAGUGGGUAAGGAGGUGAAACUAGCUGGCUGUACCCUUGCUGACUUUUUCAUUAUUGGGAAACAAAGCAGUGCACAUCCACCAGCUGAUACUAGCAGGUGUUGUUUGCUCAGAGAUUCCAAAUUUCGGAGGCUGGGGGGAAGGCAAUGAUCCAACCUCCAGCACAGGACAGGCCACAGGGUUCUUCUGACCAGGCAAGAAUGGCAUGGUUGAAGUGAUGACCUGUUUGAACCAGAACAGAGCUUCGGAUAACCUCUGGUUAUCAAUGACAAAUUGACAGCAGAGGAAAAUCGAUUACCAUUAUUUGCACCUCGGUCUUUGGCCUCUGGUUUUUUUUGCAUUGUAAUUGAUCUAGGUUUUUUGAGGUUGAUUGGCCUGAAGACAAAAAACAAAUUGGAGGACUUUUUCCCUAGCCCUGGGUCCUUGUCUUCUCCAACCUGUGGGCUUGGCUGCUACUAUUAAGUGCUUACAGAGGGCACAAGCUCUCCAGCGCUGAUGUUCACUACUGAAAACAGUAAUGUGUGUAACCUAUUCCCACUUGGAGCCAAGCUCAAUUCCUGUUGAUGUCAAGGCACUGACAAACCAUGACCAUGUGCGCACUAGGAUUGCCCAGCUUGCCAGCUAAGCCACUUAGGGAACAACUCUUUGGUCCUGCCUGUUGAAGCUGCGGUGGCAGCUAUUUAUUUUGUUGUGAGAUUUUCUUAUUCUUUUUUAUAGAUAUAUUUUUUUUUUAAUCAACUGAAACCAGGGUAUUUCUUGGUCAGGCUGGACCUGGAGAAAUGCUAUAUACGAUUAUAGGGCCACUCCUGUGAGAUGCUAAACUGCAGUCCCCUCCAACUCCACUGGGAAUGAAUAGGGUUCAGUCUUGUGGAACUGGACCUUUACUCAGCAGGGCUGACUUCCCUCAAACCCUGGCCACUGCCCAUUCCUUGAGUCAUUUCAAAGUGACACUACUUUAGCUCUAAAGGUAGGCUUUGCUUUUUUAUUAUUACUAUUAUUUUUAAACCCAAGUAUUUACCAAACCUGCCAGAAAUAGAAAGAUACAAGUGAUCUUUUGCAUUGUAAAGCUGAUUGUGAUUC